GCUGUCUGUGAAGAGAACUGUGUCUAAUGUCUUUGCCUAGUAAAGACUCUUACAAGAAACUUGCCUGCCUGGCUUAUUCCUGUUCUAUGAGACUCUUGGAUUCCAUCCUUGUAUGAUCUAUACACGCACACACGCAACAGUUUAUACUAUCGAUGCUGUGGACGGCUAGACUUGAAGGGGAGAGCUUAUUUUGGUAUUCCUUCAAGUUCAAAACUGUAGUGAGUAGACGAUGUGGAAGGUGCCUGCUUGCCUGCUGAAAUUAACCAGGAUUGCUUCGAACCACAAACUCUGGGCUGUGUUCAUCAUCAUCUUUAAGUUCAUGUUCUUCAUCUCCAUCAUGAUCUACUGGAGAAUCACCCAGGAUGCCCAAGACAAAGGACAGCACUACCGUCUCCCUACAGAGGUUAAUUGUCCUCCGCUUCCUCCCAUUCCUUUAUCCAAAUGGCCUCCUCCGUUGCCCAAGGACAUACACUUUAUAGAAACAUCGGAACGAACCAAUCCAAACUUUCUGUUUAUGUGUUCUGUUGAAUCAGCAGCCAGGGUUCACCCAGAGUCCAGAGUCAUUGUUCUUAUGAAGGGCUUGGCAAGCCACAAUAAGACUUUGCCAAAACAUAUGGGCAUCUUCCUGCUUAGCUGUUUCCCUAACAUUGAAAUCAAACCUUUGGACCUGAUAGCCCUUUUCUCUAAUACUCCCCUAGCUAACUGGUAUUCACUGGGUCAGAGGAAGUGGGAACCUUAUUUCUUUCCCAUCCUUUCUGAUGCCUGCCGUAUUGCCAUCAUGUGGAAAUUUGGUGGCAUCUACUUAGACACAGACUUCAUAGUCCUUAAGAACUUAAACAACCUCACCAACGUGCUUGGUACACAGUCCAAAUAUAUACUUAAUGGUGCCUUUCUCUCAUUUGAGCCAAAACACAAGUUUAUAGAGCUUUGCAUGCAGGAUUAUGUGGCAAAUUACAACCCCUGGAUCUGGGGACACCAGGGCCCACAGCUCCUCACCCGUGUUUUUAAGAGGUGGUGUUCUAUCCUAAGCCUCAAGAGCAGGAAAAGCUGUAAUGGUGUCACCACUCUCCCACGAGAAGCCUUCUAUCCCAUCCCCUGGCAGGACUGGAGAAAGUAUUUUGAAGUAGUGAACACUUCAGAGCUUCCUAAGCUGUUUAAAAACACCUAUGCAGUACAUGUCUGGAAUAAGAAAAGUCAAGGGACACAAUUUGAGAUCACCUCUAAAGCCUUACUAGCUCAGCUGCAUUCCCAAUACUGCCCUUCUACCUACAAGCUAAUGAAGACCUAUCUCUAAAGGGGCAUGGCCUAGCAGCUAUGGAUGCAAACACAAAUCAGCCAAGCUGUUCAGCCAUGGCAGUUGAAGGACCCAUUGGACAGUGAUAGCACUGUCACUGAGAAGUGGCGUUGCUGGCUCAACAUUUCAAAGAGCAUUUGAAUUGUUGCGAGUUUCACCAGGUUGGGAUGUUCAAAAAAGAGGAAUAUUUUUAUAAGAGCAAAGAAAGAUUUAUGCAGACUUUUGAGAUACGUUGGAACUCUUUCUUAGGUUGGAUGUAAAACAAACAUACAUGUUUUUUUAAAAGAAAAGGGUGCCUGGAAGACAUUUAAACCAUAACUGUGGGUUUUUCUCCCAAUUUUGAGAUGGUAUUGGCCUCAGGCAGAAAUCACAUGGGCAUUGGAUACUUUUUCAAGUUCACUUCAGAAUUUCCCCUGCUUCAGUUAAUGUGCCUUACUUCUAGUGAUGUCACUGAAAUGUGCAUUUAGUUGACUUGCUAUAUGAACUUGUUCAACUCAUAAUGAUCGACUACAUUAUGAAUUUAGCAGAAUUUUCAUUGAUUUUUUUCUGGGGGACCAGAUGCUUGUACUAAGAACUCAGGUGCCUUGCAAAACUACAUAUGAAGUAUAAUUGGAUGCUGCUGCCUAUAACAUUAUUUAAGGUGCCGGGGGGGUGACAAAUAGGGGCAUCUCAGAGAUAUAUCUCCAUCUUUACAGCUGCCAGUUAAGUGAGAAGCAAACGGACAGUGGAGUGGGGAAUACAACAGGGUUCCAGUUCUGGAACUGAGCUUUCAAAACACCAAGCUAUUUUUUCUGAGGUUUUGGAAAAUAGCUUGGUUUACCAAGGACAGUUCUGAAUCUAGAAAGAGGAGUCCUCCCAUAACUACUUACCACCAUUUACAAGUUAUACUUUCCCUGCUUUAAAAGUCACCAGACUCCCUCCAGUUAGCCCAGGAGACAGCGCUUUCCCCCAGAUGGUGAUCCAUACUUCCCUGCGACUAUUUUAUUAUUUUAUUUGCUACAUGUACCACUUAUCUCAUGCAAUGAGCAUCUAGGGUGAGGAAGGCUAACCUUUUUAAGCUGAAGGGCCACACAGACUCAUGGUCAACCCUCCAGGGGCUGCAUGUCAAACUGGGUGUGGCUGAAGUGCAAAAGUGGUUGUGGCCAAAGCAGGAAGUGGGGAUGGCGAAAACUGCAUUUCUCCAGGCUGCCUUCCAGAUGGCUUUCCCAUCAGCUACCCUAUUUUAAAUUGUUUUUAUCAUUCAUUAUUAAAUUCAGUUUAAAAAUAA